CUGAGACUAUUUGUCUACAAAGAGACUUAUUAUCCCCAUCUAACUGAGAAAAAUAUCGAGUAUUUGCACCACCAUAUGGGUCAGUACCCCCAUCUUUAUGAUCGCCCUAGUAUAUGCAAUUUAAUUAUUAUUCCAGACCACUGUCUCGAGGCAUUGCGUGUCUCUCUCAUGUGCACGGCAAAUCUAGGCGUUUACACGUUCCGCUGGGAUUCCGACCCCGAUCGUCCCCUGCCCAAGUCGAAUGCCGAACGUCGGUGUGUGGAUUGGGAUUCGCUGGAGCAAUGGGCGUGGUCGAGAAAGACGGACUUGAAGCCAACAUUGCUAAGGGAGACAGGACAGGCAGAAGUCAUCCAUAUGUAAUAUGAGUCCUCUGUAUCUCCAGCAGCAUAUAAUUAGGUUAUUAAGCCAGGAAGGGAAGGUAGAGAAUGUGUUCGGACUCGUCUGAUUAACUCUAGUGGCAGGCAAUUCGGCAAUGGGAGGUAGAAAACGUGUUUUGCCAUGUCCUGUUACUGUAGUGACAUCUACAACAUGUAUCUUCUCUACACAAGGUAGACCAUGAGAAGCGGUGGGUAGACGGGCCAGAAGUCCAUCAGAAAUAUAUUCGUAUCACUGUGCUCGCGAGCCAGAUCUUCCAUGGCGAGAUUUACGUUGGCAUCGGGAGGAAGCUUAUCGACAUAUUUUUGGAGGAUGAGAAGAUGGCCUGUAAACCAACUCCAUCCGUCUGGCAUUGCCUGAUGCGGGUAUCAGCCAGCCAGCACAACAUACAUCAAGCGCGGACCAUGAUCAAAUUACAACUCCUUGCUUUUGUAGCUCAUUCAUUUUUAAGCGAUGCGCGUACGCCUUACGAACAAAUGAACCUAAC